AUACCAUCCGACUAAGAAGACACCGUCACAAGUGUUCAGUUUGUUUUUAAACUCUCGAUUAAUCAAAUCAUCGCGAUGAAAUUCGUUUUGGUCUUAGCCGCCGUUUUGGCCGUAGCCGUCGCUGACGUCAGCCUGCUCCGCAAAGGAUUCGUCCCACCACGCACCGCCUCUUUCUCAGGUGGAGCAAACCUUGCUGCUCCCCGUUACUCCGGCCAGGAUGAAAGCCAGGCCCCAAUCUUGAAACUCGUCAACGAACAACAAGAUGACGGCAGCUUCCACUUCGAAUAUGAAACCGGAAAUCAAAUCAAAAUGGAACAAAGUGGCCACUUGGAAAAUGUCGGAACUGAGAACGAAGAACAAGUGAUGCACGGUUCAUACUCCUACACCGGACCAGACGGUGUCGUCUACUCCGUCAGCUACGUUGCCGAUUCCAACGGUUUCCGCGCCUUCGGAGACCAUUUGCCAAAGGCCCCUGAAGUCUAAGAACCCUGCCCCAAAUUCUAAUUUCGAA